AUGAUCUCUGACAGGGACUCAUCGGAUGACUCGAUGUUCAGUAACAUCGAUGCACCGACUCCAAACAGCGAUAUGGAGUCAUCUCCAAUGCCUAUUGCCAUUAUUGGUAUGGGCUGUCGAUUCCCGGGAGAUGCUACCAACCCAGAGAAAUUAUGGGAUCUUCUUGCCAAUGGCCGCAGUGCGUGGUCACCCAUCAAACCUGAAAGAUUUCAUACAGAGGCGUGGUAUCAUCCAGAUCAAGGGCACAUCGGAACCUCAUAUGUUAUAGGGGCACAUUAUCUGACUGAAGAUAUCACACACUUUGAUGCGUCCUUCUUCAAUUUUUCGGCUGACGUUGCCAAAACAAUGGACCCAGAGGUUCGUCUGCAGCUUGAGACAGUCUAUGAAGCACUGGAGAAUGCCGGUCUCCCCGUCGAGCAAAUUGCAGGCACCAACGUAUCCGUCUUUGCUGGCACCUCCUUCCGCGAUAACCAUGACAACCAUAUGCGGGAUCCUAUUAGUGUGAAUAACGCCUACUUUGUGACUGGAAAUGGUGCAGCCAUGGUCGCCAACCGAGUCUCACAUUUUUACGACCUGAGAGGACCAAGUGUCAUGGUUGACACAGGCUGUUCAACAUCUUUAACGCUUUUGCAUCUGGCAUGCCAAAGCCUCCGUACGGGAGAAUCAACAAUGGCAAUUGUGGGAGGCUCGGGUCUCUUGUUAAACCCAGACAUGUUUAUUGCAGGCACAAAACUAGGGAUCUUUUCAAGGGAGGGCAAAUGCUUUGCCUUUGAUUCCCGCGCUGACGGAUAUGGCCGUGGAGAUGGUAUUGCAAGCAUAGUUCUUAAGCCCCUAGCAGAUGCCGUUCGAGAUGGGGACGCUGUGCGUGCUGUUAUUCGAAAUACGGGCAUCAACCAAGAUGGCAGAACCACCACAAUUACAUCGCCAAGCGCAGAUGCCCAGAGAGAGCUCAUGGAGACAUGCUAUCAGGCUAGUGGGCUGGACCCCGUCGAUACCGGCUACGUUGAAGCACACGGAACUGGAACCCAAACUGGCGAUCUGAUGGAAGCCACUGCAGUUGGGAAGGUAUUUGGGGCUCAUGGGACAAAUGACAGCCCAGUCCUAAUAGGGUCUGUUAAGACCAAUAUUGGGCAUACAGAGGCAACGAGUGGAUUGGCAGGAGUCAUCAAGGUGGUCAUGGCCUUGGAAAAGGGAUUAAUACCGCCGCAUAUAAACUUUGAGAACCCCAAUCCGAAUAUCCCGUUCGAAGACUUCAAAAUCCAGGUUCCACUCUCGCUGUGUGAAUGGCCCUCACAUAGUCUGCACCGGGCCUCUGUCAAUAACUUUGGCUAUGGAGGAGCUAAUGCUCAUGCCAUCAUCGAACACCCACGCUAUCUCCUGCCAGAAACUGAUAGCAAAUUCUUCUCCGAUAAGGCUUCUGGGUUUGGAGACAGGCCUCGUCUAUUUGUCUUGAGCGCAAAGGACAAAUACACAGUGGAGACCAUGCGAGACCACCUCUUCGACCACCUGACUACUCUCAAUACCCGCAACCCGGAGCAUGAGCUUGAUAGAUUGGCAUUCACGUUGGGUGAAAAGCGGUCUCGUUUCCCUUGGACACUGGCAUGUGCAGCCACUUCCUUGGAAGCUCUUGUCGCAUCUUUAGACAAGACCAAGCCACCAUCACAGCCUUCUCUCGCACCAGCCAGAUCCUCUCGUGUGCCUCGUUUAGGAUUUGUGUUUACUGGCCAGGGCGCACAGUGGUACGCCAUGGGGAGAGAGCUUGCUCUGCUCUAUCCCGUGUUCAUGGACACCCUCAUCUGUGCCCAGGAGUGUCUACAUGAGCUCGGUGCUCCUUGGUUUCUGAUCGAGGAGCUCAUGCGGGAUGAGUCCUCCAGUCACGUUAAUGAGGUUGAUUAUAGUCUCCCGCUCGUCGCAUCUGUCCAGAUGGCCUUGGUUGAUCUUCUCAAAUCCUGGGGUAUUCGUCCAACAGGAGUCACUGGACACUCCAGUGGCGAAGUUAGCGCUGCAUAUGCCGCCAGAUUCAUUGAUCUCAAGUAUGCCUUGGCGAUUGUCUACUAUCGAGGUGUUCUCACUACACGGUUGGUACAUCUGCUCGACGAUAGUGGUGGUAUGAUUGCUGUAGGCCUCGGUCGCGAAGACGCACAAGAGAGAAUCUCACGCGUCAAGUCAGGCAUAUUAGUUGUGGGCUGUGUGAACAGCCCUGUCAGUGUCACGGUCUCUGGUGAUACACCUGCCAUUGUUGAGCUUGAGGCCAUGAUGGUAAAGGAGAACAUAUUUGCCCGUCGUCUCAAGGUCACCGCUGGGUAUCAUUCACAUUUGGUGCAGUGCAUCGCCGAGCCCUACCUGGAGGCUAUGGCCCCCUGGGUGACCCCGGUUGGAAAAACCGAAGAUUCGGUUAUUUAUUCCUCGUCUACAACCAGUCGUCGUAUGAAUCAGAUGGAAGAAGUUACUGACCCAGCGCACUGGGUACGCAACGCCAUUCAGCCUGUGGAGUUUGUGUCUUCCCUGCACCACAUGUGCGUUGAUGAAACCCAGAACAAUGCCUUUUCUGUCGAUGCUAUCAUCGAAGUUGGACCCCAUGCAGCGCUGGGAAGUCCUAUCCGUCAAUGCCUUGCGGUUCCCGACUUGAAAGGACUCACAAAUACGUACGCGUCUUGUCUGGUAAGGGGCCAGAGCGCCGUGGAAAGCAUGCAUGCCUUGGUUUGCAAGCUCAUUCAGCAGGGAUACCCUGUAGAUCUGGGUGCCGUCAAUUUUCCACAUGGCCGUCCUCGUGGCUUGCAAAUCCUAAGGGAUCUACCUCCAUACCCCUGGAAUCACCAGACAAAAUACUGGUGGGAGUCUCGUUUGAGCAAAUUUGCCCGAGACCGAACUGUUCCCCCUCAUGAUCUUCUGGGAUGCCAAACUGCUGAUUUUUCUCCCUUGACCCCGACCUGGCGCCACAUUAUUCGCCCACGGGAUAUUCCCUGGGUGCGUGAUCAUAUUAUCCAGUCAAGCAUUGUCUACCCAGCUGCUGGAUACAUUGCGAUGGUUAUUGAAGUUCUGCGGCAAUCCAUGCAGAGUAAAGCUCAGAUCACAGGAUAUAAGCUCGAGGAUAUUGAUAUUGCACGUGCCUUGGUGCUGGAGGAUGAUGAUGAGGGUGUUGAUGUUCGCAUUUCACUCCGGGCCUGUGUGGACCGCAUUCACUCUGCUCAAGGCUGGAACGACUUUCACAUCCAGUCGCUGCAUUCUACAGGCAAGUGGAUCCUUCAUUGUCAAGGACGCAUUACAGUCAUUACAUCUGACUCCAAGACCUUCUGCUUGAACGAUGAAAGGGCAUAUAAAUGUGCCAAUGACUGGGACGAGAGUAGUCUCUGGCCAUUAGUAAGAGAUGAUGAUACUUAUCAAAGUCUCAAGGAGAUCGGUCUGAGCUACGGCCCUAUGUUCCAGAACCAAAUUUUUACUCAAAAAAGAAAUGGACGUUCCACGACCGUUAUUCGCGUGCCCGACACUAUGGCGGUCAUGCCAUGCAACUAUCAGCAAAGCCACGUAAUUCACCCAACGACCCUUGAUACAAUUUUUCAAUCAACGUCCCAUAUUGCUCCUUCAGUGGGUGUCCAAGGGCGUGAUGCAUCAGUCCCAAAGUCUAUUGCUUCUUUGUACAUCUCAGCGGACAUUAGCAGUGAGCCGGAUCAUUGGUUCAAGAUAUACGCGCGACUGGAUCAUACCAAGUCAAAUGGCUUUGGAUCCUCUGCGACUGUUUAUAAUGAAGGAAGUUCGUUUACCAGCAAACUUAGGGGCUCUCCUGUUCUGAUCAUGCAAGGCCUCUUCUGUCAGUCCGUUGGAGGAUCAGUCACUCCCAGUCAGUCCAUUUCGGACAAAUGGUGUUUCUCCACUGUUUGGAAGCCUGAUUUGGGCUUGCUAUUGGCCUCCAAUCUGCCACCCACGCCGCCAUCCGAUCUGAUAGAUGCUAGCAAUUUGGCUGAGAUACUCCAAACAACUACACUAACCUAUAUGGCCGAAGCAGUGUUGUCCUUAGAAAUGGAGGCUACGCCGAAUGCUGAAUAUUCUCAAUAUUUCCAGUGGAUGAAAGACACCGUGAAACAAAACAUGAGCAAGCUCUGGAAUAAGCGCCUUUUCCAAGAUACCGCCGAGAGCAGACUUAUCCAUCGAAUGGGACAGAAUCUUCCGGCAAUUCUGACAGGCAAAGUAGAUCCGGCAGAACUCAUGCGUGAGAUAUACACGAGAGAACCAUCUAGUGUGACACAUUGUACCCGCCAAGUCCAGCAAACGGUUGAGCACCUUAUCCACAGGGAUCCCAGUGCUCGGCUACUGGAAAUUGGUGCUGGAAGAGGUGAAUGUACCCGCAUUGUUUUGGAUCUACUCGAGAAUUUGCCAAAUCGUGGUGUCUUUUGCGGGAAAUUUGACGUGGCCGAUGCGUUUGCGGAACACAUUGACAGACUAAGAGUUGGAGAAAGUGCAGACUGCGUGGAAUUCCACCAAUAUGACGUUGACAGAGACCCUACAGAGCAGGGCUUUGAGACAAACUGUUACGAUUUGAUCAUCGCCUCGCCUCAGUUAUACCUAGCCCAUGAUCUCCAACAAUCUAUGGCCCAUGUACGAGGUCUUCUGAAGGGUCAUGGACGACUUAUGGUAUGGGGACCCACUCUUGACCGGGUCGAUAUGCGUAUGGUGUAUGAGACGCUUCCGGCUUGGAGAAGACGCUCCGAGAUCGAAGGGGCUCAUUUGCUCUCGCAGCGAUGGACCGAGACACUCGAACAUGCUGGCUUUGAUGAUAUUUCCAUGAACCAAGCAAGUACAGACAACAUGAAUUGUGCCUUUUCGAGCAUCACACUGGCGACUGCUCCAUCUAGAGAGAUCAGGGACCCGAUAUACACAGUGGCUAUCGUUUACGCCCGGUCGACCAUCCCCACCAAUUGGCUGCAGAAGCUUUCGAAGUCCAUUGCCGAUAAAGUCAGGCCGACCAACGUGACAACUCAUGCACUAAGCGAGAUCAAAGCAUUGAUUAAUCCAUUCACGUUUGUGGUAUUCCUAGGAGACCUGGAGACAACAUUGCUGGAUCAAAUCACCGCAGAAGAGCUCGAAAACCUCAAAUUCAUGUGUUCUCAACUCUUGGGUACACUUUGGGUGUCUCGGGGUGCUCAAAUUGAUUGCUACAGCCCAUUCUCUAGUCUGCAUCAUGGACUGUUGCGGACCUUGCGGCAUGAACUAGCCUGGAGGGAGAACGUGUCUCUAGACCUUGAUCCCACCGAGUCCCUUUGGGGUACCGAUACAGUUCAUCACAUUACUCGGGUCUUGCAUGCCGUCUUAACUAAGCCAUCCAAGGACCCAGGGCUCUCAGAACGCGAAUAUGCGGUUCGUUCGGGCGUACUGCAAAUACCUCGCAUUUAUGAGGACUUUGUGCAAAAUAACCACUUGGCGACUUCAGUCUCUCGUCAAAUAUCAGAGCUCAGACCCUUUGCAGAGGAAAGGAAACAUCUUAAGCUUGCAUCGACCGCGCCUGGUUUACUUCAGAACUUGACUUUUGUCGAGGACCUUCGUCCUGAUAAAACUUUGUCAGAAGACUUUGUCGAGCUCAAGCCUAUGGCGUAUGGACUCAACUCCCGAGAUGUUAUGGCAGCGCUUGGUCAAAUACAGGAAGAACGGAUGGGUUUUGAAUGCAGUGGCGUUCUGACUCGAGUGGGCCCUAAGGCUACAGCUCAAGGUUUCGAAGUUGGUGAUUGUGUUUAUACACUCACUGCUGGAUGCUUUGCUACCACGCUUUGUGUCAAUGUCAAUGCAGUUGCCCAUUUACCGAACUGGAUGACUAUCGACGAUGGCGCAUCCCUAGCCAUGGCUCAUUCCACAGCGUACCACAGUCUGUUUGAACUUGCACGUCUCCAAUCCAAGGAGUCGAUCCUCAUACACUCUGGCAGUGAAGGCGUUGGGCAGUCUGCUAUUAUGAUGGCAGAGAAUAUCGGAGCAGAAAUCUUCGUGACCGUGGGAUCAACAGAGAAGCGCAAGUUCAUAUCAGAAAAUUAUGGUGUCCCACCCGAUCGCAUUUUCUCUAGCCAGGAUGCGUCCUUUGUCGAUGCUAUUAUGGCGUAUACUGCUGGGAGGGGAGUGGACGUUGUACUCAACUCUCUGGCUGGUCCCCUCCUCCGAGCCACAUUGCGUUGUGUUGCUCGCUUUGGACGAUUUAUCGAAAUUGGAAAGCGAGACAUUGAAGAUGGCAACAGCAUCUCCCUGGCACCAUUCGCUCGUUGUAUAUCAUUUUUCUCGGUUGAUUUAUGGACCAUGUAUGAUCAUCGCCCUGAUCAGGUCUAUGAUAUUCUUCGCAAGGUUGCGGCGAUGGUCGAUGACCAAAAACUCAGCCCUAUCAGACCCAUUGUUGCUUAUUCUAUGGUAGACCUGGAGUCGGCGUUCCGUGCCAUGCAGGAGGAGAAACAUAUAGGCAAGAUUGUUCUGCGGCCUACCGAAGGAGACGUUGUGAAGGUCUUACCGUCAGCCAAAAAUCUCGCACUGUCAUCUGAGGGCAGCUAUCUUAUUGUCGGGGGCUUGGGAGGCAUUGGAAAAUUACUGGCGCGAGCCUUGGUGAACAGAGGCGCGCGGCAUAUUAUCCUCACGUCUCGUUCAGCUGGCUCUCCUUCAGUCGAGAACCAAUUGUUUGUGAAAAGCCUUGUGACAGGUGGCGCAAACGUGGUUUUGAAGAGCUGCGACGUAGCAAACAAGACUGAAUUGGCCAAAGCUGUCGCGGAAUGGGCCGGCUCACUGCCACCAAUCAAGGGUGUCAUUCAAGGAGCCAUGGUGCUCAGGGAUUCAAUCUUUGAGAGUAUGUCUCAUGCAGACUACACCAGUGUCAUCCAAAGCAAGGUACAGGGCAGCUGGAAUCUGCACGAGCUUGUUCCUUCUGCAUCGCUAGAAUUCUUCAUCAUGCUCUCCAGUCUCAGUGGUGUUGCAGGCAAUACUGGCCAGGCCAACUAUGCCGCAGGUGGUACUUUCCAAGAUGCACUAGCUCGUCAUCGAGCGUCGCUUGGUCUUCCAGGAGUAUCUAUUGACCUUGGAAUGGUAAGGUCAGUUGGGGUCCUUGCCGAACCAAACAACGCGGCCCUGGCCAAUCAUCUAGAAAAUAUGGGACCGCGAGUUCUCGACGACGAGAUGGUCAUUCGUCUAGUUGAGUCUGCUAUUCACAAUCCAUGUCGGAGUCCCGAGUCCAGUCAGAUUAUCACGGCUCUUCCGCCCAAGUUCACCUACGACACACCAGCGGCAUUUUGGAGUCGUGACGUCCGCUUUGUGCCUUUGAAGUGUACAGAUGGCAUCGCUAUAGCAUCAAAGCAUGGUGACGGAGCAGCAGUCGGUACGGUGCUGCAUACUAGAUCCCUACUGGCAGAAGCUCGGACGAUUGCUGAGGCACAGAACAUAAUCAACGAUGUGCUGGUAACCAGGCUGGCGAAAGAAUUUGGGCGUCCUGAAACUGAAAUCGAUCCCUCGAUGGCUCUGACAGAUAUUGGUGUGGAUUCCCUCAUUGCUGUGGAGUUGCGCAACUGGGUCGUGUCAACAUUGGAUGCUGAAUGCUCCAUUUUUGAUGUUAUGCAGAGCUCGUCACUGACACUUUUGGUGGACAAGCUGGUUGUUCAGAGUCGCUUGGUUCAGGUGGGUCAGAACAAGAAUGGGACUAAUGGGGGGUGA